GUCGCUCGCCGGUGCACGUGACCGGGCGCCACUCGCGCGCGCACCGCGGACUCAGCCGCUUCGAAUUUCGAACGUUUGAACGUUAACCGUUCCAUUUUUGAAUUUUUUUUCGUUCCAUCACAUUUUUUAAUUGAAGUGCCAGUGGAACAAACUGUUGGAUUUUGUGCCAGUGUUGUAUUCCUUGUUUGAAAUACAGGUAGUGAGGUGCGAUCUGUGACUGUGAACGUGUACAAAACUAAAUCGAUAACUUUAACGAAUAAUCGAUAUUUCGAAAUGUUUUCACGUUGUGAAAUCAAUUAAACGAGUGCCCAUUCGAACAACAAGAACUGAAACUGUGACAUUGCUCCGCUACGCCGAGCUUCCUGAUAUCCUGUUCUUUCUUGAUGUCAGUCCGCCCCAAAACUAAUGGAUAGCCACAGCAGAUCCGCGUCGCCGCGGGAGCCAGCGCGGCCGCAACACAGGCCCCCCUCCCCGCCCGCGUCGCCCGCAGGCUUCGACAACAGAGCCUACCAACACGACGAGUCGGACCCCAACCACAACGACUCCUUCACAUCCAACGUGCCGCAUCAAAACGGCCACACGAAAGAGCCGAAUGGGGACACGAAAACUUUAGAGGCUGUCAAUUUGGAACUGAUCAAUUUGACGCCAAAGAACGGCGCGAAGAAAAAGGACGUUGAAGUAGACAUGAGUACGACGACGCCGUACGAUGAGUACUUCGUGCCAGUUAACGAGCAUAGGAAAUAUAUGAGAGGGGAAAAAUUAUACGUGACAGCCGAUAAACGAGGUGAAAAGGCUGGAUGUAAACGACCACUCUGCUGGACCUUGCUGGGACUCGUUGUGGCCGCCAUUGUUGCUCUCAUUGUGUUAGCAGCUACUGGAAUUCUCUUCUCGAAUUCUCCAACACCAUUGGAACAAUAUAACACAUCGGUCAGCUCUGUCCGAGCGUUUGGCGGCAUCGGAAGCUCUGACCACGACCACGCCAAUCAUGAACACGAUCACGAUCACGACCACGGCCACGAUCAUAACCAUGAGCAUGACCAUAACCAUGAACAGACUACGAUGGUCAGCGAGCCAGCUUCAGAAACACAAAGUGAUGAGGGACAAGAUCACAGUGUUGGUUCAGAUGAAUCGGAUAUAUCUAUGUAUGUACCACGGACUGUAGAAGGAGAGCUCAGGAUAGACAACGAAGAGUUUGUUCCCGCUUUACAGGAUCCAGAAAGUGAAGAAUACAGGGAAUUCAUAGCAAUAUUCAAUGACGCAUUAAAACGAGCUAUAUUCGAUAAAAAUAACUUAGAUAAUAACGACAAUGAGAUUACACUUGAAGUCGUAGAGAUAAGGAAUGGAUCUGUGAUCGUCACUUACAGAAUACAUUGGGCGCCAAAAUAUAACGCUGAACCCACAGAAGACCUAAUUACAGCUAAUUCACUAAGAACAAACCUUGACGCUUAUCUCGCAAGAAAUAACAGAAUGAUAAGCGUGUAUCACGUAGCUGAAGAAUCGAUUAAGGCUAGACCAGUACUGGAUAUGUGCAAAGUAAACAAUUAUGACUGUGAACACGGAUGCGAAUUUGAUGAAAUGACUCUAGAUUUUACGUGCACCUGUCCACAUGGUCAAAUGAUAGAUAUGCAUUCACCUAAAAAAUGCGUAAAUAUUUUAGAUUCUACACAAUCAAGAGGAUUUUCAGACGAUAAACUAAAAAAUCUCGGACUUGACUCUGACGCUAACACUAAAUCCCCCGUAGAUGAAGAGAAACCAGUUACACAAUCUGUAAAUGUUAUUGCUAAUACCCAAUUUGACUGGAAAGAGACGAAUUCAUCACCAACAACAACCACUACUGAAUCAGAUGGUGAAUUGAAUUUCUCUCAUAUAUUCGGGCAUCAAAGCGGACAAAACAAUUCAGAUGAAAUGCCUAAGCCUGAACCAGAACCUACGUCCGAGCCUAAUGAUAAUUCCAAGAUAUCAGCAGAAUCUGAACCAGCCGCUGAAUCUGAGCCGACGGCAGAACCUGAACCAUCUGGUGAACCAGAACCGUCUGCAGAAGCUGAACCUGCUGCAGAACCAGAACCAACAGCCGAACCAAAUUUGAGAGUAGAACCAGCCCCUGGUCCCAGUCCCGAUCAUGAAACUUAUCCUGAACCUGAACCAACUACUCAAGCAAACCCACAAACUGAGCCAAUUCCAGAACCAGAACCGGAACCGGAACCAGAACCAGAACCCACUUCUGAACCUAAUCAAGAACCUGAACCUUCAUCAGAACCUAAUCCAGAACCUGAACCUUCAUUAGAACCUGAUCCUUCUUCUGAACCUAAUCCGGAACCUGAACCUACAUCAGAACCUAAUCCAGAACCUGAACCUAAAUUAGAGCAUAAUUCGGAACCUGAAACUAAUCCAGAACCCGAACCAAAUCCUGAACCUGAGCCUACUAUCGAACCAAGUUCGGAACCUAAAUCGGGAUCUGAUUCUGCUACUGAACAAAAUAUAGAAUAUGAACCAAAAAUUGAAUCAGAAACGAGUACGGAAACAGAAACAGAACGAGCUGUUGGGUCGUUUGUUGAACCAGAAUCUGCAAUUCAACAUAAUACAGAAACAGAAUCCGCCGCAGGAUCGAAUUUUGAAGUGGAGAAUGGUGGAGAAAGUAAUUUGGAUGACGAAUCACACCCUGAACCAACCACAGAAAUAAAUCAAGAGCCAUCACUAAAUCCAGAAACUAAUCAUAUGUCAGAACCUUCCAAUUGGGUAUCAAAUGCUCAACCAGCCGCCACGACAGAAACCGUUCCAAAGUCAGAAAUAAAUAACAAUGGUAUGGAAUUGACCACAGAACAGACUGUACCUUUAGAUACAAUAUUUAAAACUGAAGCCUCAUCUUCGUUGUAUAACAGAGAAAAUGAAGAAACUAAAGAGAACGAGAUGGUGAAUGUAAGACCAGUAUUAGAUCAAAACAGUGACGAUACUGAGAAAGAAAUGGUUGACAAAAGUACAGCCAGACAUGAAGAAAGCAUUGACAAAUCUUUACUCGUGAAAUCCAGCGAACAUGACAAAAUUCCAGAUUUUAUGGAAACCACAACUACGCGAAUUUCUAUCUCGGAACCUAACAUAAUCAAUGAACCAUCAUAUGAAGCGAAACCUGAAAUUAUUACACUGAUAAGAGGUAAUCAAGACCACGUUACUAUUAAUAAUUUAAACGAAGAAACAACGACGGAGAGUGAUUGGCUUCAAAACGAUAAUGUAGAUUCACUUACAUAUUCGGACAAUCCAGCAGAAAGAUCAUCGAAGAGUAUUUAUGAUAAUAUGAGUGAAUCCACAACACAAAUAAAUAAACAUAAUGACAUGGGCGAAAUUACUUUUGAUCUUAUACAUAAUAACAAAAACCAAGAAACAGAAGCUACCACAAGGUUAGAUAACAAUUAUGAAUCGACAACCAUUAUAUCUAUGGCUGACAAUGCUCAAAAUCUUGAUUCACAAUCUGUUUACACAAGCGGUAAUGAAAUGGAUUUCAAUAAGACUGUUAUAUCAAUAAACUCCGGCAACCCGAAUAGUUCCUACGAACCGAAGCAGGCUCAAACCACAACAAUGAAAUCAGAGACUGAUAUAAACUACUCAAUAAAUACUGAUUAUAAAAUGACAAACUAUGAUCAACAUUUAAUGGAUGCAUUAGAAAAAACCAACAUGACAACUACUGAAAAUACAAUAGAAAAAAAUGUAACAAAUGAAAAUAUGGACGUUACUUUUGACACCAUAAACUCACUUUACAAUAGAACCUCAAAGUCAAUGGAAGAGACAAACAACAAUGAUAUAAAAUCAACAACAUCUAGUGAUGUUAUGGUCGAAGCAACAGAAAAAUCUACGGAAUCAGAUUGGUUAUCGGAGCCAGUAACGGAAGUAAAUUAUGAAGAUAUUAUGAAAAAAACGGAGAAUCGUGAAACUACAGAAACAACUAUGACUAAAGUUGAUGAAGUUAUAACUAAAGAACUUAAUAAAGAUGAUUUUGAACCAGAUUAUUUAAAUAACAUGGAAAGCAAUAACAGUAAAAUGUCUGAUCGAGAUGAACCUUUAUACGGCAUUUUACAUGAUUAUGACAAUGAAGAUCCACGUGUGAAAAGGGUGAACUUAGAAAGAAAAUUUGAUCCAACGCAAAAUAUAACUGAAAUUGUUACAGAAAACGGCUUACUAAAAACUAAUUCAGUACCUUUUGAAACAACAACCAUUGGUGAAUACAUUUACAAAACCGCUGGAAAAGACUUAAGCGACGUAUCUUCACCUGCAACCCCAAUGUACAUGUCGUCGAAUGAUACGGGAUCGCCUAUGAUGUCUGCUAACACGGAGUCUGGGAUGGAAGAAAAAAAUAAUGAAACAAAAAAAGGUAUAAUAAUAAAAGAAAUACCAAACAAUGAACCAAUUACUUAUACAAAUAGUCCUAACAAUGAAUACUUGGCAAUGACUCCAUCACCAACAUCCAAUCAAAAUGUUGAAAACUCUUCACAAGUAAACAAUCUUAGUGUAACAAUAUACGAAGUAUCUAGUCAAAAUAAUAACCAAACAUCUACAUCAGCCAAGGCAAUUAAUUCUCACUCAACGGAAUACGAAGACCAUGAAACUGAAAUGAAUCCUUUCCUUCCUGAAGUUGAAAAUAAUAAAGUUCUUGUCAAAAAACUUCAAGAGGGUCAUGAUCUUGAACCUAGCACCUUAAAUGAAACACAAAACGAAAACGGAGAUGAGCAUAGUUCAAUCCAAGUUGAUGGUAAAGUAGACAAAACGCAGGAAAUCAUUACCAAUGCUCCUACAAUAUCUGAAACCACACCAACAAGUAUGUUGCCACUUGAACAAACUUCAGAAAGAGAUGUACCUGUAACAACAGAGGACGAUAUGUUAUUCAACGAUUUACUUCUUAACCCAAGCAAUCAUGAUGAUUCUACGACAGCUAAAAUACAAGUAACAACUCCUGCUACCAACGUAGAAUCAACAACAAGAAACGAUUCUUAUGAAGUUUUGCCCAUUUCAACAUUUCUACUAGACACAGACGACAUAGAUCUGACAAAAACAAUAAAGCCCGCGUUAACUGAAGAUGGAUUAAAUAACGUAGCGCCGACAGAAUAUCUAAGUGUAGUGCCAAUUGAUGAUAAAGAAUCUAUUAAAAAAAAUUACAAAAGUGACAGUGAAGAGCUCAAUUCAAUCAGUGACUCCCCCAAAAAAAGUGAUAGAAGAACAUUAGAUGUAUCAAAUGACGAUUCUGUAAUAAAUAAUGAAGCGUAGUCCAUAGAGGAACUUAGAUGUAAUUAUUAUCAUACAUAAGGUUGUACAUUGUAUUCUAUUUCCUGUGAUUUCUGUCGAUCAAACGCGUAAUCAGUGUCUGCAGUUAAUUCAAGUUAAAACAAAAAUCUUAUAUGGAUAUAGAUUUUUAAGUUCCAAAUAUUUUUGUAUACCUGCUAUAUAACAAUAUUACUGAUAAGUAUUAAGUACUUAAAAUAAAUAUAUUUUUCGUUAGACUAGUCAAAUUAGGGAGUCAUCACCAACGUGUCUAUUGUAGAUUAUUUAUUGUUUCAAGUUAAGAUGCACCUUUGACUAAAAUACAUCAAUCAUGAUUAUAUAUUUACCGAUAUUGAUUAAAACAUAUACAAUGACGUAAAUACCUGAAAUUGUUUGAUUUGUUACCAUAGAUAAUUAUAUUGUAUUGAUAUAUCAUAUUCCUUCUAUGGGCACUACUUAUAUUUAAGUUUUACUGUGGCAUCAAAAACAUACACUAUUGUGUUAAAAGCUCCUUUGCCAUGGAAUAUUGUGAUGUGAUAACUUCCGCAUACCUGUAGCUACAUUCCAUUCGUACAUAAAGUAUAUUUUAAUUUAACAUAGUGAUUUAUUAUGGAAGUGAGGUCUGAUUGUAAAAUAAUAAUAAUUAUAGUAGUUCUUGUUAACUGAGAUAUAUUUUGUAUAAUAUGGUUGAAA